AUGGCCACAAUAUCCUCGGCUCCGAUGCCUGGUAUGCAGCAAAUCGAUCUAUCGAAGCUAAAUAUCCACCAGUUGGCUAAGUUGAAACAGCAAUUAGAUCAAGAGCUUAAUGUUUUUCAAGAUUCGUUACAAACUCUUAAAAUAGCACAACAAAAAUUCGUUGAAUCAGGGGAGAGUGUCGAAAAACUUACUGCUGCGAAAGGCAAGACGAUUCUUGUUCCUCUCACAGGCUCGAUGUAUGUACCGGGCACUAUAGUGGAUACUGAUAAUGUUAUAAUAGACAUUGGUACUGGGUAUUAUGCACAAAAAGACAUAGAAGGGGCUAAAGAUUACUUUAAGAGGAAGGUACAGUUUGUCACGGAACAGAUGGAGAAGAUUCAGUCAAUGGGUGUUGGCAAGUCAAAAGCGAGAGAAGCUAUUUGUAUGAUGAUGGAAAUGAAAGUUCAGGCUCAAUCUCAAGAGAAAAAGGCUUCAACAUCAUAA